CCUUGGUGGAUGCCGUGAGGUGUGCGGGCUUGGGGCAUUACGCGUUGCUUGGUAUUCUGUGUGAGUGCAUGCCAUUUGAAGCAAGAAGCCUUCCAGAUUUGUAAGGCAGUAUGUGGAUUAGAAGACCACAGCUUCAGAGGCUUUUGAAUCUACAGAAGGUGUUGAGGAACUUCUUUUCAAGUGAUGGUAGAAUACAAAAACCAAAACUCAGCUACCCAGGUGGAUCAGACAAAAUUGGGGCAUAUGGAUACUUCCUUCUGACUAUUCCAGCAGUGACCUUUGGUCUGGGUACAUGGCAGAUACAUAGGUGGCAAUGGAAGCUAGAUCUUAUCAAAAGUUUGCUGGAGAAGACUAAGGCUGACCCAGUGGAGCUUCCCCAUGACCUGUCGGAGCUGACGUCGCUGGAGUACAAGCCAGUGCGCGUGCGGGGUAGCUACGACCACAGCCGGGAGCUGUACAUCGGGCCGCGCUCGCAGAUCGUCCAGGGCGGCGACGAGGAGCUGGGCCGCAGCGGUCUGCUCUCCACCGGCCGCACCGGCGUCCAGGUGGUCACGCCCUUCCAGCUCGCCGACUCAGACAUGGAGAUUCUGGUGAAUCGCGGCUGGGUGCCCAUGGCGAAAAUGGAUCCCUCAACGCGGGCUAAAGGUCAGAUCGAGGGUGAGCAUGAGAUCGUCGGCGUGGUCCGCAUCACGGAGAAGCGCACCCAGUUCAUGCCGGCAAACACCACCAGCAAGAAGAACCUUUACCUGUACAGGGACGUGAAACUGCUGUCGGGCGUCGCCGGCACGGCACCUGUCUUCCUGGACCUGACGGUCGAGUGUGCGCCGCCCGGCGCGCCGGCCGCCGGGCAGACGCGCGUCACACUGCGCAACGAGCACCUCUCGUACAUCGCCACUUGGUACUGCCUGAGCGCCUUCACCAGCGUCAUGUGGUACCGCCGCUUCGUGGUGCUGCCGCGGAUACGCGCCGAGGCGCUCGGCCGGCUUCGAUAGAUGACGCCGCCGUCGUCCGAGAGAAGAAGAGGGCCGCGCUGUGAGUUGUGCCGACCGCGGCCUGUGUGUGUCUGGGUGCCGACCGCGGCCUGUGUGUGUGUCUGGGUGGACGUGUUGAUCUGUGUUGGAGAAGGUGCUGCCGGGAGUAAUAUACGCACUGCUCUGAAGCAGGGAAUCUGACUG